GCUGUUACAGAGUGGCUCCAGGCGCGUUUCUCGUUGGUUAGCAACCUCUAUCUACGCGAUGGAAAAAAAAUUUAAAAGCAACAGGAUGUGUUGCGUGCCUCAGUGCACGAACCGAGCGGUGAAGGAUGAGAUAAGCCUUCAUUCGUUCCCGCUGGACGCGCGACUUAAGAAGGAGUGGGUGGUGAAGCUCCGGAUCGGCAAGCCCGUGACGCCGCCAAUGAAGGUUUGCAGCGCACAUUUCAUCUCCGAAGACUUCUUCUGGAGCAGCAUUGACCCCAAAGUGUGGACGCCUAAUCGAAGACGGCUGAAGAAGACUGCUGUACCUUCACAGAACUUGCCCACAAGAACCCAUGACAAAAAGAAAAAGGACUUGUCAAGAAUACAGGAAGCAGCAGCGCGAGAUGCCCGUGCCUCUGCUAGACAUUGUCAUGAACCAACUUCUCAAGGAACAUGUCGGGAACCUGCCCGAGCUGUGCAUGGGCUACCUUGUGAAGAGAACCCCGAUGAUGACCUAUAUGAUGUACGACAGCAUGGCCAGGAAACUGCAUCACAACCAUGUCCUAGUGGUGCAACUGGUACAGCUGCUUCCUCACUAGACCAGGAGGCUGCAGAAGCCCUUGUUCAGCUUUCACAGUUCAUCCAGAAUGUACCAGACAUGUGUACACAAGACAAGAGCAUCCAGGUCGAUGUGGACUCCUUUAUGGGGAAGAAGUUCAGGCUUGUAGAUUUACUCACAUCAGACAACAUUGUUCUUGCUUUUACUGGUGUAUCAAUGAAUCUGCUGAUAGCAGUUAGUAAUGAAGUAGGCAGAAUUGAAGAGGCAGUCACUGAAAUGUCAACUCUUGAACGCGUUAUUCUCGUUCUUGUACGUUUGAAAACGUGUUUACCCUUUGUGUGUUUGGCCCCCCUAUUUUGUGUGAGCAGAACAACUGUCUCUCGCCACUUUUACAGCACACUUCAUAACCUUGCAGCGGUUCUGGAAUCUGCAAUUCCAUGGCCAGAUAAACAGGAAAUUGCAAGAAAUCUGCCACAGUGCUUUGAAGAAUACAGGGACGUACGUGUUGUGCUAGACUGUACUGAGGUCACAGUUGAAAAAUCGCACUGUGCUUCGUGUAGAAUUCUAACGUAUUCGCAUUACAAGGGAACGCACACAGCAAAGCUUCUUGUUGGUGUCUCGCCUGCUGGUUUAAUCACUUUUGUCAGCCGUGGUUUUGGAGGCAGAGCGUCAGACAGAGCCUGCGUUGAAAAAUCGGCAGUUCUAGCAAAACUCAACAGUUUUGAAGAUGACGUAAUGGUUGAUAAAGGUUUCAACAUAGACGUAUUAUGUGAAAACCUCGGGCUGGGGGUUGUGCAGCCUCCAUUUCUUCGUGGACAGCUGCAGUUCACCGCAAAAGACUCAGAAAAGACAUUAAAAAUAGCCAGGGCACGUGUGCACGUCGAGCGGGCAAUCCAAAGGAUGAAACUUUUUAAAGUUCUGAGGGAACCUGUGCCUUGGGAAAUGGUUGGUGCCCUUGAUGACAUAUUUAUUGUGAUUGGUGGAAUUGUAAAUCUCUCCACUCCUAUUCUCUCUGAGAAAAGGUUCUAGUGAAAUUAUGGACGAAUCUGUUGUGUCCGCAAGCGAAUUUUCUGCUGCUUCUAGCAGAAGUGACUCGGAGGAUAAUGUCAAAUCAUGAAAAUAUAGUUUGUAUGAUAAAAAACCGUAGAACGAGCCAGGAUUGUAGUCAGGUGUUGAUCAGUACGUUACGCUUUCUGGCAUAUCGAUUUUUUACUCAGAUUGAAAUGUCGUGAAAAUGUUGGCAAUAUUAUAUCUUUUCUUUGUAGUGUCGCAACAGUAUAUGGUAAAAAUUUGGUGACAUAACCGUCAACCAGCAGAGAGACGUUCAGUCCAAGAAAGCUACCUGGCCGUGACCUCAGAGUAGUGUUGCACAGUGAAGCGAUAUGUGUCACAAGGAAAAUCGGCGUUUCGGGCAUCUUUUUCACCGCGGAAGUAAUAAGCAGGAUUUGUGCUAAUAAAAAUGAGAGUGCGUGGUUGCAAAUCUUAUAUAAGCAGUCUUAUGCCAAAGUUGAUGAUUCUUGGGAAAUGGUCACGGCCGCAGAAAUGAUGAAUUUCAUUUGCCUGCUGAUCUUAUGGGCAUUGUCGAGCUUCCACGACUAUACCUCGCCAAAACAAGUACAUUCAGAACAAGUCCUACCGAUUGACGAAGCGGAGAAAAUACAAAAGGUGCUAAGAGGACAAGAAACUUGACUGGACAAAUGCUACUUGUAAUGCUUGUUUUGCCCAGUGGCACA